AUGGUUGGUAUUACAGAUUUCUUCCGCCGCAAGAAGGACGGGGUUGACCCAAAGGCUACCGAGGACAUCGCGAAGGUGGUGGAUAUCUGCGACGGGACGUCUAGUUGCGGUAGCGAUUGUGAAGAGAUUGCAGAAUUGGCUAAGGGUGAUCAGGUUUACGAGGGUUUAAAGAUUGACCAUGAAGAGCCCCUGUACAACUCUUCGAAGCCUCCAAAGGUUCAUUUUGUUGUUCCAACAUCUCAGAUAGACUGGGAACAUGACGCCUGUUUAGAGGACAAGUCGUCUGUGCAGUACCAAGUUUACCAAUGGUGCCAGAAGCACAACGACCAGUUUUCUGGCGUGGGAAAAGGCCAAACUCUGUCUUGUGCUGUGUCGUCUUUACCAAAGGACAUCAUGGACGUUGAAGUGAUGCGUGGGACAAAGAACAAUGUGCUGGUAUUGCCACAUUUCAUCUGGAUAAACGGUCUCGAGAGUGAUAAAGUGGACCAGACGCUGGGCGAAUUGGUGCCCAAGUUGUUAAGCCCGGAUCUCGUUGUUGAUAGAUUGCUCGAAGAGCAUUCGAUGCUAUCGAGAGCCGUCGAGAGAUCGUUUGUCCUGGUCUGUUCGCACACAAGGAGAGAUAAGAGAUGCGGUGUAUUGGCUCCUUAUCUGAAGAAGGCUUUUGACAAGCAUUUGCAGAAGCAGGGCUUAUACAGGGACAACUCGGACUUCCGCCCAGAUGGCGUGAAUGUUGCAUUUGUGAACCACGUCGGCGGACAUAAGUUCGCUGCUAACGUUCAGAUUUUCCUGAGGGAUCCCUGUAUAUUGAUCUGGCUGGGCCGCGUAAAACCAACAAACGUUCCCUUCAUUGUUGACGAUAUACUUGUUCCCGAGAAGCCCAGGCUGCAAUGGCCAGAGAAGGUCAGAUGCGUCCAGAAAUAUGCUGCCUGGUGA